CUUAAGAAAGCACAGGAAAGAUCAAUAUACGAGACAAGAUUCACAGGGAAAGAUGGGUUCAAAUGGUCAUAUACUGCUGAUCGCAGGCUGUCUGCUGAACACAGUUGCUCCAGCUCUCUUAGUGAACAGAGGUGGAGAGUGCACAUUCAACACCAAAGGCGCCUGUGAAUAUGAAGGACAGGUCUUCGGCAUUGGCGAGAGUUGGAUUACUAAAGACUGUUACCAGUGUGUGUGUAUGGAGCCCUUCGGCGUGGGCUGCUGCGAUCACUCCCUACCAGUGGACUAUCCCGAGUGGUGUGAGGUCAUCAGAAAGCCCGACUCCUGCACCAGUGUGGCUGUGAUGAGAGCCAAUCACAAACUCCCUUGUCUUUAUGGGAAGUGGGGCAGGACGCGACCUGAGACAUGGAAGUCUGACAAUGAUUUAUUGUUCUAAACGAAAUCUUAAUAAGACGAAUUUAGGUUUGCUUGCAGUUUUACUUUUUUGGGAAUUGAAAAGCAUCAGCCAUUUUUAAUUGUAGUUUGGGGAAUUAAUGGUUCUCUGCAUAAACAGAUGUUGACCCUGAUGUUGAAAUACGUUGAUGUUGAGAACCAAUAUAAUGUCACUAGCUUUACCUGUUUAAAUAAAGCUGCUAUACACAGAA